AUGGCUUCGGCUUCAAUUCGAAAUUUCCUAAUGCAGCCUAAGCUAUGGAGGCUUGUGGGUUCCGUGUCGGGUCUUGUUGGGCUGCUCUGUUUUCCUCUGAGUUCGUCUUUCGAACUCUUACUCGGACAUCGGAAUUUUCAUACGAUGUCUCUCUAUGCUGCGAUCAGUGCCAUCAUCUUGGGCUUCAUGCUGUGGGCAUACAAGUGGCAACUUCCCAGGAAUCUCUUGUUCAAAGCCCAUGUGGGUUUCUUAGUUCUGAUGUUAACCUCUUUGUUCUCCUUUUUCUCCAAUGGAAAACUUGACUCAGACCCAUUAAGCUUGAUUUCUUGUGUUUCCUUUGCUGUGGCGUCUCUGAGCUUGUCCAUACAGAUUGACCUUGGCUUUGAAACUGAAUUGUUCAACUUUAUUCUGGGUUUAGUCAUAUUUUUACUCAUGACGAGGAACCUGUUGCUCGCUUUUAUCGGAAUGCCCAUCUGUUAUGUGCUCGUGCUUCUUCAUUCUUAUAUGGAUUCCCAGCGUCAAUCCCUACUGCAUUCUGAGAAUGUUAGCAUCAAUGAUCAUGUGGCCCUUGGAAUCGAUGUGGACGAAGCUGGAGCUGGAGCUGACAAUAACAGUGAGAAUUGCUAUUACACCAUUGAGGAGAGACUUCAAUUUCCGGCUAACAUUGAAGAUAAACUGAAGGACAAAGUGGCUGCUGGCUUUGCGAAUGAGUGCUGUCACGUCUUCAUUGGUUGGCGAAGACAGUUAUUGAACGACAAGCUUUCGAGAAUUCGGAUACAGAAGCUGAACCUGGACGAGAUCGACAAGGUGCCGUUGAAUUUCCUCGAGGACAAGAUCAAACGUUGGAACACGAUUUCCUACUACGUUCUAAGGACACUACUCCCGGACGAACGGAAUCUCUGCAAGCGAUUAUUCUCCGAAUUCCCAUAUUGUGAGGUUUUCUGUUUCAAUGAAUUAUGUCAAGAACCCAUGAUUCAAUUACUCAACUUCGCGGAUGCCAUCGCCGCCGGGAAGGGAUCGCCAGAGCGAUUGUUCAGAAUACUCGGCAUGUUUGAGAUACUGAACCAGUUAUUACCGGACUUUGAUUCUUUAUUCUCCGAUCAGUGCUGUGUCUUUCUCAAGGAUAGGGCCGUCAAAAUCUGGAGAAGGUUCGGGAAGGAAAUCAAAGGAGUUUUCGUGGACUUGGAGAAUCUUAUUUUUCAGGAACAAGAAAAGGUGGUUCCUUCCCAUGGUGGGCUUCAUCCCUUGACCCACUAUAUAAUGAACUACCUUAGUCUCGCAUGUAAAUCAUGGCGAACCGUUGAACGUGCUUUUAGAGACAGCGAGAAUCCUUUGAGAAGUCACUUGGAAAUCGGAAACGAAGAGUCGUCGCCUUCUCCAUUUUCCCUCCAGGUGAGUCUAAUCAUGGAUUUGUUAGACAAAAGUUUAAAGAAAAUAUCGGAAAAGUACGAGGACCCUGUUUUACGCUCUCUUUUCAUGAUAAACAAUGUGAGGUACAUUGUUCAGAAAGCAAAACGUAGUGAAGUAGGGAGGCUAGCGGGCGAAGAUUGGAUCAAAGAUCGUGUUUCUAGGGUUGGUGAUUAUAUUGUACAGUUCAAGGAGUCAUGGGGUGGUAAUGUGGUUGAGAUGUUCAGAACAGGGUCCGUGAGACCUGAAGCAGAGAAAUUGAAGCUGUUUAGUAUUCAACUUGAGAGGAUAUGUGAGGAGCAAUCGAAAUGGGUUGUGUUCGAUGAGCACCUGGGAGAGAGGAUCAGAAGUUCCUUGAGGAAAAAAUUGCUACCAAAAUAUGAACAUUUCUUGGCUAGAUUCGACAAUGUUGUUGAUAGAGAAAGUGAGGGUGGUCUAAUGAUGCAGGAAGAUAUUGUGGCUGGAAUCAACAAGCUGUUCAAGGGAAAAGAUGAGCUCAAAAACUUGAGGAAUAUUCAACCAGCAUGGACCACAGUGAAACCGACAAAGGAUGAUUCUUACGAAUGGACAAAGCGUGGCCAGGAGGCAGCUCUUAAUUCUAGACAUACCAGAUAUCACUACUGGUGCGUGAACAAGUUUACAAGAGGCUGUCAAGCAAUUAAAGAGGAGGUACAACAAAAAGGGGAGAAACCAGCAAUGCAUGAGACUAGAUACGUUGGCUUCCACACGUGCAGAAUGAAUCGCAGCAAUGAUGAGUCCGACCUUUGAAACGGCAACAAUGAUAAUAAUAAUGACAAUGUUCCCAAGAGAACGGGGAUACAGUGCAAAAGCUAUCAUAUAAUAGUCUUGCAGGCAAAAGAUUUUAAAGUCAACAAAAUCGGCGUUGUUAAUGUAAUGCUGGAUACGUUUUUGGAGUGAAGUAGCGCGGCACGUUCAGUAUAAUUACACGCUUCUAUGGGCGAGAUAAGAUCAGACAGUGCAAUUUUUAUUAGUUUAUGUAAACAAGCUAAACUAUCAACCAUCCAAUUUACAGUAAUUUAAAAAUUACCAUCUGAGAUGAGUGAAGAGAUAAUUUCCA